UUGCCCUGUCAGAGAGCACCCGGGAAAAUACAGAGGUGACACGCCCAUAAAAAUGUAUGUGAAAGUUGGCAGGCAGCUAUGGUACUCCAGGCAGAUCUAGCUGGUGAUACGCAAGGAGAAUGUGGGGAAGAUAACUUGACCAUUAAAAUGUUUAGAGGCAAGAAGUUUGUAAGGGGGUACGGGCAGUGGCUAGAAUUGGAAAGAGGGACAUUACCUGUGUCUUUUUACGAUGCAGGACUGUACUAGGUGAAGGAGCUGCUCUGUGAUUUAAUUACUGCUGAGUUAACACCCCCCACCAAUUACCUUGUCUGCACCAGUUUGGGCAGCAGCGACCAUAAAUCGGAUCCAGAGAGCAUUCAGUUUAGUCCAGUGUUAAUACUGAUGAGUCUGAUGGCAAGGGAUGCAGUGCUGGGACAAGGGCUGCUCCUCAGACUGGGUAUCUCCGUGGUGCUACUGGGGCCUCUUGUGCCCAGCACAGACGGUCGUUCUCCUCCACCGCCAGGGUUUGCUUCCUAUGAAGUGAUAGUUCCAAGGAAGCUAGCGCCAAAGGAAGGCAGCACCACUCAGGAUGAGGUGUCCUAUGUCAUCAAGGCAGAAGGAAAGAACCGCGUUGUUCACCUAAAGCAGAAGAAAGGAUUCCUAGUAAAAAAUUUCCCAGUCUUCACUUAUGAUAAUAAAGGCCAACUGAGGGUAGAGCAGCCCCAUAUUCCAGAGGAUUGCUACUAUCAUGGACAUGUGGAAGGUACCCCAGAGUCACUUGCGGCCCUCAACAUUUGUUCUGGACUCAGAGGGUUUCUCCAGAUUGGGAGCUUAAGCUACGGCAUUGAACCUGUGGAGAAUUCCUUUACCUUCCAGCACCUUCUGUAUCGAUCUGAUGAGACGGAACCCAUGCCUGAGACAUGUGGAUUGACAGCCACAGAAAUAAAAUAUAAAGCUUCUGAAAUGGAGAGUAGACUCAUUCCCAAAGCGGAAGCAUUUCAUCCUUGGUCGCAUACUAAGUAUCUGGAGCUUUUUAUAGUGGUGGACAAUCUGCGGUUUGAAUAUUCGGACAGAAAUAUAUCUAACAUUUCGAUGCAAGUUGUUGACGUCGUCAAUAUGAUAGAUGAGCUUUUUUAUGCUCUUCGUCUUCGCAUACUACUCACUGGCCUAGAGAUUUGGACAGAAAACAACCCUAUCACAAUUACACACAAUAUAAAUGAGGUUCUUUCCGAUUUUAACGUUUGGAGAAAACGUCAUCUUUAUCCACGGGCAUCACAUGAUGUAGCACACCUGUUUGUAUAUUUGAACUUUGGAGCAAAUAUUGGAAAAGCGUACUUGGGUGGUGUCUGUGAUAAGCAACGGGCAGCAGGUGUCGAAGCAUUCAUGCAUGGCCCUUCCAAAGAGUUUGCAGUGCUGGUGGCCCAUGAGCUGGGACAUAAUAUUGGUAUGGAACAUGAUGACAGAGACUGUGUGUGUGUCAAUGACAGUACCUGCAUCAUGAAUGCGCAUCGUACCCAAGUCCAUCAAUUCAGUAACUGCAGUGCUAGAGACUAUUAUGAUCUAAUAGUGUCAGGGAAAGCACACUGUCUGAAUAACAUUCCAGACAUUGAAAAACUAUUUCAUCUGCAGCAUUGUGGCAACUUAAUAGUAGACCCAGGGGAAGAGUGUGAUUGUGGCUCCAAAACACAAUGUAAAAAGGACCCUUGCUGUGAUCACACAUGCCAAUUGAAGCCAGAGGCUCUUUGUGCUGUUGGACAGUGCUGUCGCAAUUGUAAGUUUCUUCCAGAAGGAAGAACAUGCAGACGGAAGAGAGGUGAAUGUGACCUGCCUGAGUAUUGCAAUGGGACGUCUCCGUGGUGCCAAGAGAAUGUUUAUGUGCAAGACGGGACUUUAUGUAGUGAUGAUGGCUACUGUUUUCAUGGGUACUGCUCUACUCACAGUUUACAGUGUCAGUACCUCUUUGGCAAAGCAGCAAGGGCGGCUCCAGAAAGUUGCUUCAAAGAAGUGAAUACAAAAGGGGAUCGGUUUGGCAACUGUGGGGGAGACGGAGGAGAAUUUAAGUUUGAGAAAUGUAAACUGGAAAACGUAUUGUGUGGAAGGGUGCAGUGUGUGAAUAUAAAAAGGAUACCUCGGUGGGAGGAUCAUACAACCAUAAUUCAAACUCCGGUGGACAAUCUCUGGUGCUGGGGUACAGACUUUCACUUGGGGAUGGAGCUCUAUGAUAAUGGUGUAGUAGAAGAUGGCACCAAGUGUGACACAAACAAGAUUUGUUUUAAUCAUACAUGUGUCAAUGAGACACAAGUGCUGACAUCAAACUGUACUGCAAAGAAGUGUAGUGGAAGAGGGGUUUGCAACAGUAACGGGAACUGUCACUGUAAUAAUGGCUGGGCCCCCCCGAACUGUCAGUUUGCUGGUUUUGGAGGGAGCAUUGACAGCGGACCCCCACCACUUACCAAAAUUGGCCUCUUUAACUUUAUCGGUACUAUUUUGGGCAUAACCAUUGCUGCUGCUAUCAUCACAGCAGGUAUUGCUGUCAUCCUUAAAAAGCCUGCAUCAAAAAUGAUUCGCAGAGCAGCUGAAAGAAUUGGGCAAAGAAAUCCAACUACCAGGAGCCAAUAGAAAAAAAAGAGUCAGAAUUAGCUUCCAAAAACCAGCGCAAAGUGGGAAGUCUGUUGUUUCUCAGAGCAGCUGUGGAAAUUUCUAGGGAUCCCUGCGAGAGAAUCAAUGGGUAUGGAUGAUUACUUUCAGUAGGACUCAUGUACAUUUACUUUACAGAUGCACACACACACAGGCGCACACACUUUGGAUGAUUUGUUCUGUUUUUUUUUUAAAUAUUUAAAUAAAUUUGGUCUUGGAAUCAACAGCGAAAUGGUCAUUGAAUUUUAAAAAGGGGAU